AGGGUUAGGGUUGCUUUACUUUAUACUCCCACUCAUGGUUUAAAUCGCAUGUCGACGACGCCGACUCAAGCCAGCGUCGCCUUCCGCGCUAACCUCGCGCGUCUGAUCUCUCCCCUUCGUCGUGUCCGGCCUCGAGUUCCAUUCUUCAAACUUGCCAUCCAUCGCGUACCUACUCUCUCUCUCUACAGAAACCUGCUUCGACACGCGCCCCACGAGAGUAUACGUUGGCGUGUGUCUACUCUCUUCCGCCGCUAUCAGAACUCGACUGGCACGGAGGAAACGAGGAAGGGACUAAACACGGGUUAUAAGAUGCUUUUAAACGAGCGCUCGGGGGACGAACGGCAGCGCGCGAUUCUCCAGCGCUACUCGCGCCUAAUCAACGCGAAACGGGAGAAGGAAGAUUGGAAACGACUGGUUCUAGUUGAACGAGCUGAACAAAUCAAACGACGACGGUCGAGGUGGAUCAUGACGGGUGCUCUGAUGAGAGCGACGUUGUUUAAUCCACCUCUUCCUCGUAUCAAGCCUCAGCCUCUGGCGCUGUCGUAUAUCAUUCGCAAACGCAAGAACGGGCGCACGCGUCGUCUGGUCCGGAUUGGGGCCUUGGACGAGACAUUAUUGGACAUCCAACGGGAAGCCGAUUCCGAGUACAGCUUGUUGCAAGACGAGCCUAGUUUCGAACCUAUGUUUCACGCAACUCCGCUGGAGACCUUGCGAGAGGAAGUGCAAGCCAGUUUACAGCGCGAUUACGACCGGGUGAAGAUGCCCGUCACCGCAGAAUUACGGGAUACUUUACGCUCCGCGCGUCGUGCAAAGAUCGCAAAUAAGACACGAGAACGGGUCAGGGAGCGGGCGGGGAAAUCUUACCCUGUACCAUCCGUCGAGCGCGCCAAGGCCCUCCGGCCCAUGUACUGUGAAGUGGGCUAUGUUGGCAUGAUGAAGCUCAAGAAGGGUUUCAAGCUGAGAGAUGACGGCAAAGGAAUUGCGCGUGAAAACAGCACAGAUCUGGAGGGAGAAAGAUUGGAACGGUUGAAAGCCAUGGAACGUGCGUUUGCCAUGGAGACCAAUAAAAGGCAGCAGAAGUCUUUGAACGCAUGA